GUUUAUGCAGCAAACCUUGGUGUCACGGUUCAAUACGCCACAUUCGCGGGCGACGCUAACGUUAACAUUUGGGCCCGCAGACUGGUGUGGUUUAAUUAGAAUUGCUGUUGGACAUUUUGUGCGAGAAUCGAUUGGCACGGCACGUCGUGGUACAAUGCAACCCGCGUACCGGAACUCAGGUUUGCCCUGACGACGACGUUUCCGACCGAGAAUACAGCGCAUGUCAAUGGUGCGACGCAGUUAGCUGCACAUUGAACACUCUCUAACGGCUGCACGUGUUCCGUUCGUUGUUACGCAAAUACCCCGUCGCCUGCUACUACUGCCGCUGUCAUGGUACUCUAAGCCUAAAAGGAAAACCGAUACAAUUAUAUUUGCAGUCCAAGCAUUGAUCGUUCGUCACCGCGGCAUCGAAUUUCCCACAGCUUUUUGGAUUUGUCCUUUAAGUUGUUCGAUCACUGCUUCAAUCAGUUGAUCGGCGUGCGGUGCUGGUGCGAGCGAACAUAUCGGGCGGCAGCGCAUGCACCCAUAUUUCCUUAUCAGUAACUCCAAUCCUUAAUUAAAGUAGUACGGUGCUCUUAUACGCGAAUCAUUCCACGGUUAUCUUUGGGAUUACCAAUUCGCCGCUGUCCAACUGCUGCCGUAUAAUAUGUGGGAUUGGGUUACUUUCGGGGUUUGCGUUGCCGCCGUAGUUCCAUCUGUGUUACUGCUCGCCAUCUUCCUGCGCUGUAUACUGAAAAACAGUGACCGUCGCUGUUUUAAGGGUUCAUCGGAAGAUUGUGAAAUUCUUAUUAGCACCACGACAAGACCACGACCGACUCGCAUAAUAGAACUGCUGCAUGAAACUACCCAUCGUCAAGUGGUUGGAGCCGGUUCACCAAUGAUGUCUUCCGAUCCUCCACCCGAUUAUCACUCCUCAUUGCCACCCACCGUAGACGAACAAAGUGGAAGCGAUUCCGUUGAUCUGAUUUCGCUUUUACCUCCCGUCUAUGGCAGUAUGACGAAUUUGCCGACACCCUUACCGCCUUACGGCAGCAUACCGAACAUCUCCUCCAGCAUUCCUUUUAAUAUUAAUACAAUUAUUACAUCGCUGGAUUUAUUACCGGAAUUUGCGACAUUUCCACCGCCACCGACAUACGACGAGACAAUUCGCAUUCCUGUUGCGUGAACGUUCAUUCAGCUCAGCGCUUGUGAUAUCGGCUGGACAUCGAUCGAGCAUUGGUCGAGUUGAUCAUCAACCAUUUUCGCGAGGAAACGAUGGUUAUGAUCGAUUUCUGAUAAUAAUUUAACUGCGAUAGAAAAAUUUUAAUUUGGUGAAAAAUUGAAAUGCAUGGCAGACUUGUUCCGGUUGUCAUUCCUCUCGUUUCAUUGCAUUUCUUUAUAAAAGCUAGAUACUUGUGAAAUGAUUUCGAUUCCACGGCAAGCACAAUCACCUCGUUGUUUAAAAAUUUUGUUUCGUGUGCGCACUAUAGCAUUGGUCUGUUUCUGCUAACUGAUCAUGAAAAUUAUAUAAUCGGCCGAUAUUCUCACUGUAUCUUUGUUAGGACGAUUUCUGAUUGAACAGUGUCCUUGACGUCACAAAGGCAAAUAAAAAA